CUCCAGGGAUGGCAAAGUUGGUUAGUUGGUCCACCGCUUUGGUCCAGGCUCACUGCCCCACCAACCACCUCGUUGCCUCGAUGUAAAAAAAAUCAACCCUGAUCCCUCGUUGACUCCGCCCUCAAACUCAAAGAUGUGGAUGCGAGAGAGAAAAAAAAAGAAAAACGGGCCAGCAACAAUGUGACAGACAACACAGCCUCCGCUCCGCUUAGCGUAGUAGUGGGUAUCUUCACAGUGAACGGAGAGCCAAACCAAGCCGCAUGCUCCUUGUGCAACAAGGCGAACGGGAGGAAAAUGGCCCGCCGGCCGGACAGCAGCAGCAGCAGCAGCGGCAGCAGCAUCCAGUGAGGACCGACACAGUUUUUAGGGUCCUGUUGCAUCCUGGCGGUCACAUGGACAUGAAGAAAUAGAAUCGUCCAUUGAGGCCCUCCAGCUGACCUCUGGGCUAAGUCCUGGCUGUGGGGCUUUGUUGUUGGUGGGCCAGCUGAACAGGUGUGUAUGUGAGUGAGAGGUAAUGAAGUCCAGUAUGAGGCAGUGGCGGAAGCUGGUGCUGGUGGGAAUGCUGGCUUGGGUUCUCCUCUUCCUCGCCCUCCUCUCUUACUUCCUGGAUGCGCGUGCGGAUGAGACCUUGACCUCUGCCGGCUCUUUACUCUCCCAGCACCCUGACACCCGUCGCCUGGCCUCCAUACAGGCCUCCCAUCAGCAGCUUGCCAUUGUGAGGUCCAGGCUUGAGCUGGCCUCCGCCUUAACCACAUCCUACCCUGGAGAUGAACCAGAGCCUUCCACCAACUCCCCUAACUCAGAGUUCAGCCAGGAGGUGAGCCACAGCCCUAACAGUGCACCCUAUGCCAUUUACGGUAGCCAGGAGGCCAGUCGCCAGGAAUACCUGGACCCCCAGAGCCUGGCUGCCUGGUCCUCGUUCGGCACAGAAAAUGUGGGUUCUCACUCUGACCCUGUUGUCCGGAGUCGUGAAAGAACUUCCCAGACAGAGUAUCUGAACCAUGUCAGCGCCACACGCAACCAUGGAGGGGAGGAAGAAGAAGAUGAUGAGAGGGAAAACGAAGACGAAGAACAGGGAAACAGAAAGAGGACUAGAGGCAGGAGGGUCGCUGGUGACUCCUCCGAUCUGGAGGAUUAUUACUUCUCCAAGUCAGCCUCUGUGGUGCAGCGUUUGUGGCGGGGCCGCGUGUCGGCCAACAUGUUGAGCCCUCGGCUGCAGCGUGCUAUGAAGGACUAUGUGAACGCAAACAAACACCAUGUUUCCUACAAGGGGCAUCGCAGGGUUGCCCAGAGUGCCAAAGAGCUGUUGUGUCAGAUAAAAGCUCAGGCCCCACUGAGGACAGUGGACGGGUCGGAGCAGCCGUUCUCCUCACUUGACUGGGCUCGUCUUGUGCCGACCCUUCCCCUGGAGCAACUGUACAGACGGCAGGACCAGAGCAGCUUCAAGACCUGUGCGGUGGUCACCUCAGCUGGUGCCAUUCUGCGCUCAGGACUGGGCAAAGAGAUCGAUACUCAUGAUGCAGUUUUAAGGUUCAAUGCUGCACCUACAGAAGGAUACGAGAGAGACGUGGGGAACAAAACCACCAUCCGCAUCAUCAACUCGCAGAUUCUGGCCAAUCCCAGGCAUCGAUUCAACACAAGUUCUAUCUACAAGAAUGUGACCCUGGUGGCCUGGGACCCUGCACCUUACGCUGUCAACUUACACAAGUGGUAUGCCAGUCCAGACUACAACCUGUUUGGUCCAUACGUGGAGCACCGCAAGCGUCAUCCCGGCCAGCCCUUCUACAUCCUUCACCCCAGCUACGUGUGGAAACUCUGGGAUGUGAUUCAAGGCAACACUCAGGAGAACAUCCAGCCCAAUCCUCCCUCAUCUGGCUUCAUAGGAAUCCUCCUGAUGAUGGCGCUGUGCGAGCAGGUGCACGUGUAUGAGUACAUUCCCUCCAUGAGGCAGACAGACCUGUGCCACUAUCAUGAGCGUUAUUACGAUGCUGCCUGUACACUGGGUGCCUACCAUCCCCUUUUGUAUGAGAAGAGUCUGAUCCAGCGGAUUAACACAGGUCCUGAGAGCGACCUCAGGAGGAAGGGACGGGUCACUCUACCAGGCUUCAACACCGUCAACUGUGACAUCUGAGAUAUGAAACCUGAUCCUCUGAGCCCAGACACACACAUAUACUCUGGCCUUUACUGGCUGACUAAGGGAGAGGUGCAAUAAAGCCACUGGAGACAAGGAGGCUGGAGAUUACAAGUUUCAAAUUAGACCGGUGAAGAACAUAAGCCAUAGCCCUUCAGGGAGGGAUCAACAUGGAGGCCUCUGUAAGAACUUGUUUUCAUCAAGAUGUUUUACCUGACCAGAGACUGGCAGGAAGAGUCUCCAAGAUGGGUCAGAAAAAAGACACAUCUCUCUGCUUUAGCUGAGCCACGUUAGCUGUGGAGCUGACUAGGGUAGCAACAGAUCAAUGUUUUUAGAUAGACAAGUGAAUUUUCAAUAACUGGGUGUGUUUCAAUGGUGUAAAAUCUGUGUUUUUCAAUAGUUUGGGCGGUUCUCCACUUAAAGGAAAUGCCACUGUUUAUAAUGGUGGAUAUUUGUGACUUUUUUUUUUCUUUACUGGUCCAAAGGGUUGUGAAUAAGCAAAGAAGUCAUCCACGCUGAAUGUCAUAAAUGCAACACACACUCAUGAAUAUACACAUGCUCUUUUACAUGAAACACAUGCAGAACACACAAUGUAAAAGACAGUUUCAGUGUUUGACUGUCAUAUUUUACAUCGCUCUGCAGCAGGUGUUCCUGUUUGACAUUCCUCUGGUAUCUCCUUGGGACAUCAGAAGUUGUGUUUUGUGUUGUCAUGAGGGGUUUUUUCACAUUACUGAUGUUGUUAAGCUCAAUACGAAAUUACUCUCCUGUGCAUGCCACCUAAACAACCAGCAGGUUGUCACUUAUUCACAUGAUUCCUCUUUCACUGUCAACAAGCCUGACUCUCAGUUUAAUGCCCACAGGAAGGUUUUCUCUGGUUUUUGGAUUCAUCUCACUUACAGUGCAGUAAUAUGUUUGUUUUUUUGUUUUUUUUAGCUGAAGGAAUAAUUAAAUCAAAGUAAACGGGGCCAAAAUGGAUAUCCAGAACUAACCGGUGCUCAGAACAGCCGUAACCCUGUGCCUAGUGGUCAACUGAACACUUUCCUCGGGUUGCCUUGUGACAGUUGAGAUACAUGCAGUGCACACUGUGGCAGGACUGCAGUACCAUGGAGUUUAAUUGCCAAGAGAGAGGUGCGGAGCAGUUGAUAUUGCUGAAGUGAUCUGUAUCAGGGGAUUCUCAUCUCUGCCUCAGCAGCCACCAGCCCCUGUUUUCGACAGUCAGUUCACUCUUUAUUGAAUGUAAUUUUACAACUGCGUUUGAAGGCCAAACCCCCCUCUGAGCUCACCACUGAAGUUUGCGUAUGUGCAGCUCAUUGCAGGGUUAUUUCCUUUGUUUGAAGCUCAUUUCCUACAACUAUAAAUGUCUCAUAUUUCCUGAAUCCUCUAAUAUUGGUCUGCACCUGUCCACAGCUCAGAGUGGAGAUGAUUAUAAAAGAGGAAUGUGAACCAGUAAUAUCAUCAGAUUUGCUUCAUCUCCGGCUAGGAUGAUUUUUUUUUUUUUAUCUUUACCGUGAAUCAGUGCGGCUAGCUCAAGAGGUAUUUGUUCAGUGUAGGGAGCGAGAUUGUUUGUGUUCUUUGCUGCAGACAUGCAGAAAAAUCUUGCCUAUAAGAGAGAUUUUUAUUGCAACAUUGUGCUAUUCUCUGAAACGUACGUGUGCAAUUGGUGGUGGUUUGAUAAAACAUGUCACGGAAAUGUUGCUUUGAGUAGUCCGAUGUGCGCUGAGGAAGAUGGCUCUGUAGUAAUAGUAGUAAUAAUACGUAGAUGAUUCUGGGGCUUAGCAUAGCUUUCUAUUGACUAGGACUGGGUAUCAUUCAGAAUUUGUCAAUGCCAGUACAAAUACAAAACCUGAGCUCAUGAUGACAAAACAAUACGCUUUAGAAAACCUUUUUUCUACAGAAGUUUUUUUUUUUAAACUUGUAUAUUUGAUUUCUUUUUAAAAAGUACCAAGCAUCUGACCGAGUAUUUGGUUGCAGUUUUUGAUACUUGACAGUCGGGAUGGGCUAUAUGGAUAAAAUCUUGUAUCAUGGUACUAUAUGUAUAUCAUGAUAUACUCGAUUUUCUAGAAAUUCAAUUGAGAAACUUUAUAUAGAUGAAAUAACCAGAUGGGUUUUUGACUAAUUCAAUGAAUUAAAUACAUUACAAACGUAGGUACUUCAUCACAUUGAUGCAAAAUGUCUAUAGAUUCAAAAUUGGCAUAAAGCAGUUCUUCUUAUUGAUUAACAGUAUUUAAAACUAAGGCCUAAUACAACAAGAUAUAUUAGACUGGGAGAAAUAUCUGACUAUUGACAAGUGGUCUCAAGGUGCACUACAUAUUGCCCAGCCCUACUCGACAGUUUCUGAUACUCGAUGUUGUGGACGCAUUUCGCUCAGAAUGUAACAAGUACUGAGGUUUGAUACCCAGCCCCAGUUUGGGGUGGAUUGUAAAAAGAUUAAAAGAUUCUUGGAACAAGGUUCCCGGUUAAGUCAACAACUGUUACAGAGAACUGUAACAACAUUGUUUUUUUUGUUUUUUUUUAACAAAUGAUUUUUAAAGCUUAAAGAGAUUCCGCGUUAAUUUUGAAUCAUGCAGUUCCUUUUAGCUCUGCUGUAGGUUUUCGUUUCUCUGCCAAGAUAAACGAUCAAAUGUUUUAUUGCUUGUGAUUGUAACACACUGAAGGUGCAAAACCCUGAAUAUAUUGUACAUGUAUAUUUCUAAUAACUUAAAUUACUUUCCAAUGCACAGAGCAUGCAAAUCAGGAUCAGGGCUAAGAGUCUUAAACUGUCUGUGCUGUACUGUGCUGCAAGUAGACACCAUUGUCAUUAAUGUUGUGAGAGGCGAUUGUGCUAUAAGUUUUUUUUGUUUGUUUGUUUUUUUUUCCUUAAGUGGUGUCUUGCAGAUUUUAAUGCAUGCUUGUGGACGGGGAAAUCACAUUCAGCUGCGGUGCAGCUAUUAAUAGUUAGUUUAGGGCACUUGAUAAAGUGCAAUGGCUUCUGGCAUCAUCAUCUUUGCAUCUUAUUAUUGUGCCAAAUUCCAUUUUUAAUUACGUCUUAGUGAGUGGGUUAAACGUGGGAUGAGGACUCAGAGUAAUAGCGGGACUUCUAAGGUGCUAUUGUUUCUUUCUGAGAUGCUUAAGGUAGAAUUUAAUAACAUUUUUAAUCCUGGUUAAGAAGACAAUUUUACUGUCAGUAUUUAAAAAAAGGACAUUGCACACAAACUCGACAGUUUAUAUUUGACCAGUGGCGAAGUGGUGAGAAGAGAAAAAACUCUGUUCAUAAAGUUUUGCCCUCACAGCCUCUUUCUGUCCACUCUUAACUCUUGAGGCCUAUUUUUUACAUAUUGUUUUUAUUCCGUGGGAAAUGCUGCACCACACUGCCUCUGAAGGAUUGUUAACAUUUAAGUUUUAUUUUCUACAUCUCCCUCCUGCAGUAUCCCUGAAAAGAGGAUAUGAGGAAAAAAAGAAGCAUCCAUGAGUGAACACAAUAAGAGUGAAGGUCCUGUUUCACUCCCAACAGCCUUAGGGUGUUCCUCUUGACUUUGAUUUGUCUUCUUAUUACACUUGAAUUGAUAUUUAAAUAGACCAUUUGUAUGAUUUCGGCUGUUGUAAUUUGUCUUUUUUUACUGUGUAAAUAAAGCUGUUGUACAUGUCAAA